AUGUACCUCAAAGAUUUCGCCUCUGGCUGUUGUGCCUGGCAAUUCGCUGGCUGGCUCAUGUUUUACGACUCUCGGGGUAGACGUGUAACGUCUCUUCAAAAUGACGAGCACGAUGGUUGUAAGAAGAAUGAGACUGAGACCCCGAGAGCCCCGCCAAUGAUAGCACCUACCGGCGAACUGUUUGAUGGGUAUUCUGUACUGACUGGAACUAUACCGGUGUUGAAUGUGGCUGCUGGAUCGUCGGUUAUGGUCGAUGAUAUGAUAGCAGGUGUGGAAGUUGGCACUUUAGGAUUCGUGGCGAAUGACGAAGAAGACACAGUUACUGUUCUUUCCAGAGUUGAUAUGCUUACCGCCGCUCGUGACGAGGAAGAUAUAGUUGCUGGCAUGGGAGAAGUUAUGGUGGGAACCGCAAACCAAACAGCUGAGCCUGGAGCAUUUGCACACGUAAUAUGUGUAUAG